CUGACCAAAUAGUCUCCGUCCGCGCUAAACGCGCUUCAUCCUUCAUAAUAUAGCAUCGUUUCGCAGCGCCUUGCCCCUCUGCCCAUUUGCUUUCUUUUAAUUCAUCCUAAUCUGCCUUCGCAUUCAUAUUUCCAACACAUCCCCAUCUCCAUGGAGGCUCAAACCAAGCCCACCCUCUCCAGGAAAUCAUCCUCCAACUCCUCCUUCCGCCUCCGCAGCCCUAGCCUAAAUUCCCUCCGUCUCCGCCGCAUCUUUGAUCUCUUCGACAAGAAUGGUGAUGGCAUGAUCACUGUCCAGGACCUUAACCAAGCCCUCACACUUCUAGGCCUCGAUGCUGACUUCUCCGAGCUUGAAUCCACCAUCAGAUCUCAUAUUAAGCCAGGCAAUGAUGGUCUUGAGUUUGAAGAUUUUGUAUGCCUCCAUCAUUCCUUGGAUGAAACUUUCUUUAGCAACGACGAGCAGAGUGAGGUGAAUCAACAAGAUGGAAUGACGCAAGAGGAAUCUGAUCUGUCGGAGGCUUUCAAGGUGUUUGAUGAGGAUGGUGAUGGGUACAUUUCUGCACAUGAACUGCAAGUGGUGUUGAGGAAAUUAGGUAUGCCAGAAGCUAAGGAGCUCGACAGAGUUGAGCAGAUGAUCUGCUCUGUUGAUAGCAAUCACGAUGGCCGUGUCGAUUUCGUCGAAUUUAAGGACAUGAUGCGAAGCGUUAUCGUUCGCAGCGCUUAAUUGAUCCUCUCUUUCAUUGUUUCCCUUUCUGCAGCUUUGUUUUUGUUUGAAAAUUUUCCUGGGUAGUUAGUUGUGUACCAACGCCCCGCAUGGAGCACCCUGCAUGCAAAUUGUUCAGGUUUUGUAUGCAAAUUGUAAAUUGGAAAAAAAAAAAAAAAUCUUUUUUGAAUGUAAGGAUUUGAAUUAAUUACACCUAUUUUUAAAAAAAUGGAAUUGGGAUUUUGUUUGU